CCAGUCUCCGUCUCCGUCUGUUCUGUCUGCAGCAGUCUGGCGUUGGCAGUCGAUUCUUACCCCUAGUGCACGAGCAGCUCGCUGCGUUCGCUUCGCCCUCGUCUCUCACCUCAAUGUUCGAGCUCAAGUGACUUACCGCGUGCCCUACGCGAGUUGCUUGACCUCACAGAUUAGAUGUGACCUCGUCGUCCGAGGUCCGCGAGAGUACGUGCGUGUGUGUGUGCGAAAAGAAAGGAUUACCUCGUCGCCAGGACAGCCCAUCUGGGAACUGACCUGCACCUCACGAGAGGACUCAGCAACGCCAAAACUUUGGAUUACAAAACAGCCAUCAGCCACCACCAUGCCUCCAAACCAGAAGAGUGUGGAUUGCCUCCCCACCCCUACUCCAAAUCGGCCCAAUGUCCUAACAAGCACACCAUCUCGCGACUACAAGGUGGAGAGGCAGCGACUGGAAUCAUUUGCAGGCUACCCUUCAAACUCCGUUGAUGUUCGACAGUUGGCCAAGGCGGGAUUCUUUUUCACCAAGAGUGAAGAUAUAGUACGCUGUGCCUUUUGCGAUGUUGAAGUUGGACGGUGGGAAGAAGGCGACAACCCUGCUGAAGAGCACAAGAAGUGGUCGAAAAACUGCCCUUUCUUAAGUCAUCCAUCUGCUGUAGACAAUGUUGCUAUUAGUCCUUCUGAUCCACCACCACCACUACCUCAACUGGAACCUUACGGCUUUGAUGAAUGUGGAAUUUUCAACAUUAAGAAGUCUGACAACUGUCCCAUCGUGCCAUCUCUUGAAAAAUUGGGAAUUCACAAGAGAUAUAGCCCAGCACACCCCUCUUACAUCACACUAGAGGCCAGAUUAGAAUCCUUUGAAAGCUGGCCCAGUGCACUAAAAUUGAGACCGCAGGAGCUUGCUGAAGCUGGUUUCUUUUACACCGGACUAGGAGACAAGACAAUUUGUUUCCAGUGUGGUGGAGGUCUGAAGGACUGGGCUGAGACUGAUGAACCUUGGAGGGAACAUGCGCUGUAUUUCUCCAAGUGUGGAUACGUAGUACAAACGAAGGGCCGAGAAUUCAUCGGAGAGGUUUUAGGGAAAAGGCCUGCAACGCUUACCCCAGAGGAAAUUAAAGCUCUGGCUAUACCUAAGGAAUAUUCAAAUGUAGUUCAACAGCGCCCUCAGUCAGCAAGUUCAAGCACUACUGAGGAAGUUUCCUCCUCAGAAGCCAAUGUUGAAGAGAAUGUUGAAGAGAAUGAGAGCAGCGCGAUUGCUCCAAGUACCUCAGCACCUUCCAAGUCAUCUGCCACCAAACAGGUGGAUGAUGCAAGGGCGUGUAAAAUAUGCUUUACUGAAGAAAUUGGAGUGGUAUUUCUUCCCUGUGGACAUUUGGUGUCCUGUGUUAGCUGCGCAUCGUCGCUUACCACCUGCGCGGUGUGCCGUGAGCCCCUCGUUGCAACGGUUAGAGCUUACUUGUCUUAGAUUUAGAGUAGUUCAUCGGUUUUCCCGACUUCCUAAAAUAAAAUUCGCGGUUUUACAAGGUGUCCUUCGGGGGAGCGUGGCUGCAACCUGCCCAACACAAGAAAAUACCGUUGUGUGGGUUGCAGCCACGCUCAAAUCUUAAAUCAUUGGAAUUAUUUUAUGAAGACAGAAGAACGGAUGUAACUUUUAAGCACUAUGUUUCUUAGCUUACCGCUUUUACAGUGAGUCCGGUAUGGCACCUGUUUGAGUAUACUUGUCAUAAAUUAGAACUGUGUGAUAUUGAAUAGAUUGUAUAAAGCCACAUCUUUCAUUCCAUUGAAAGUAACAAUUGUCAGUCUUCAAAUGUGUUUUAUUGGAGGGUUUUUCAUGUAUCAAGUGCACUUCAUGGCUAAUUCAUGAACUUCUAACUCUUUAUACUGCCGUGGAAUGUCUUGAUUUGUGUAAACUAAAUUAUUUGUUUUAAGAGCCUCUUGUACUGUUAACUGCUAUGGUCAGGCGUUCCUUGACUUCAUGAGCCGUUUCUUGGUCAUUUAUUGAAAGUCACUGAAUGUCUUGAUUUGUGCUAACUAAUUUUGUUAUUUAAUAAGUAUCUGUAAGAGCCUCUUAUUCUUGGCACAGCACCAGAUAGGCAUUUCUUGACUUCAUGAGAUCUUUCGCUCAUGAAAUAGUUACUAUGUCUUGAUCUGUGCAAACUAAAUUUAUGCAUCAGGUGAGCAUUUCUUGACUUCAUGAGCCAUUCCUUGCUCAUGGGACUGUCAUAACAUGCUUUCAUUUAUGAAAAUUAAGCUCAAAAUUUUAAAUUUAUCUCAUUUCUUGAAUUGCACCUGAUAGUAAUCUCCUCACCUUAAAAGCCCUCUCCCUCUUUCUUUUAUCAUAAGAUAAAGGAAAGGUCUGUGGAAACUAAAUUAAUGGUGACUGCACCAGAUGGGCAUUUCUUGACUUCAUGAACUUUUCUACUGUGGAAAGUCUUGAUAUGUAUAAACUUUAGUCAAUCAUGAAAGCAAAUUGUUUGUAAAUUUUCAUUGUAAUUUCAGUACAAAAGAAUUGUGAAUAAUUGUCAACCCCCUUUUUAACAUAUGCAAAAUUUUGAUCCUUCUCCUUACUGGGGAAGCAUUUGAUCCUACAUGUGUUGUUAAGUGGGUUUACGGUAUAACUGUGAGGUGAUAAUGCCAAAGAAACAACACUGUUAAAUUUUUUGUUGUGAAAAUAAAUAAAAAACAAAGUUAAAAACUUU